UCUUCAACUCGACUUUAUGUAUAUUACCAUGCACAGCGGCACUCGCGGACCAGUUUACCGCUGGUUAACUAGCUGGAUAGUACUCACAACAUUUGCACACCGCGAUUCAAUUGUACGAGCAAUUAUUCACUUCUCUCAUUAACAUUUCUUCCAAACAACAAAUUCAUUAUUCGCGAGUUAUUUUCACGUUUCGUUGAAACUUCUCGAGUUAUUUAUCGAAUCGCGAAAUCGAACGAUUAAUUAACGAAAAUCAUUGAACGAUUAGAGUUGGCGAGUGUUGAAAUGACUUGUGAGUGAUAAUAACUUUUGGGCGAAUUGUUUUCAUUGACUUAUCGAGCGUUAAUUGUUCAGGUGGAAUUGGAAAAUUGAGAAAUUUUCCCUCUCAAGUGCGGAUCGAGGAGAAAAGUUUUCUCGGGAUUGAGGAUUGUUAAAAAGUGGAAUGAUGAAGUGCAUGAGGCGAUGUUUGGUCAUGUGGUGAAUGUACUGGAGUUAUUAUGGGUUCAAGUGGAAAAAUUAGUUUUUCAAUUUUCACGAUGACUCUCGGCGAGUUUUGGUGGUUUGCCGUUAUUGUUUCGGGGGUUGUUGGGUGCACAGAAGCGAUUUUCACGGCACCGCUGCCCGAGUAUCUACAUGGUCUCACCGGUUAUGAAAUCACGGGUUCGAAUGGAAAAUCGUCAAAAAUAAUAAAGAAUGAGGUAAUGCGAGCAAGUGACGAGAAUCGAGCCAAUGAACCGAGUUCAAGGCGUGAUCCAGUGGUCGACGAAGAACAAACGGUUUACGUCAUCGAAUUUGAGUCUGAGCCGAGAGAGAAAAAUCACGAACGCGGUAGCAAAUCGAUGGACUCUGACACAGAUGUCGACAAUCAGAGCCCCCUGGAUCCCUGGUCGAUCGUCUGGUACAUCGGCUCAUUUGGAGGUCUCGUCGCCUUUUUCCUCAUCGUCAGCUGCUCGGAAUGGUGUUGUCGUCGAUCAGCUCGUCCCCUAGGAACCCCUUAUGCCCCGAGAACUGCUGAACCCGUAACGAUAACUCGAAAUGUUACUGACACACCACCACCACCGUAUCACCUCUUCGCACCUCCCCCUUAUGACUCGGUUAACUACAAUGAUCUCGUCGAUAAAACCACAGGGGAGAAAGUCGAUAUCUAUGUUAUUUCUGUACCAAUUACCACCACUGAACCGACGGUACCAGCGUAGUUCAUGAAUUGUUCAAAUUUCCGAAGGAAAUGUGAGUGCCUUCAUGUAUUCAACAGCCGAGUGGAUUCUCAAGUCAAAUGUUAAUUAUGAAAUUAGUGGAGGACUUCGAGACAAAGCGCCAGAUUAAUAUUUUUACAAAUUUUAUUUUUCCAUUAAAAAUGGAAAAUUACACAAAUUUAAUUUUUGCCAUUUGAAAUGGGCUGAGUAAUUCAUUCUGACGUAAAUAAUUAGCGAGCUAAUUUCCUAGUCAAGAAGGGAUUUUUUUUUGACUUGUGAGAAUUCAAUUUUUUAUUGCACAUCUGGCGAUAUGUCAGAAGGGAUUUCGGACCGAAAAUGUCUGAAGAUCCUGCCUACGCUAAUGAAUAAUUUUCGAGGAUUCAGUACUGAUGGGGAGCGGUGACCGGAAUGAACUGCGGGGGAGCUCUGUUGAUUAUUUAAUUAUCUCAGUAAUGAAUGAUUUUCGCAGAAAAAGUGAGAUAUACUUUUUUUGAAGUUUCCAAGUUUCAUCGAAAUAAUUUAUUGAUAAUUUUGUCUACAUGUAAUGAUUACUGAAAUAAUUGGAGAGGAACUGACGAUUGAACCGUUCGGUACCGUCUCGGUUACUCUGGGGGCUGAGUGUGAGAUAAAAUUUUCAGCAGCCGACCCACUUUUAGGUGCAAAAUAUCUUGUCAUCCGAGGGAAAUUGCAUAAUUAAUAAGAUGAUUCAUUAAUAAACCGGCGUCAUGAAGUAAUUUGAACAUUGAAAAUAUCGAUUAGAUAAUGAUAUCGGUCAUUAGGGGGUUUUGAAAAAAUGUCAAUAAAAUUUCUCUGUGAAAAUUUCAAUGUACCAAUGCAAAUGUUUUUCGAUGUUUUCAAAUUAAUUAAAUUACAGUGAGAUGAUGUAUGAAUCAGUGGAAAGAUGGACAUGAAAAAGUCAAACUGUCAAUUAUGUAAUUGUGUCGCAACGUGAUUAAUUUGAGACAGACUGCAGGACAAGUUUUUCGGCAGACGACCCAAUUUCGGACAGAAAAUAUUUUAUGACGCCCCGUGAAUUGCAUAAUUACUGGAGUGAUUCACUACUGAACCGAUCGAUUGACCUCAAUAAAUCGUUAAAGCCGUCGGUUAUUGAACUAUUUUGGCACAAUUUACAGAAGAACGUUACGAGGAAUGAAUGAAAUGAUUUCAUAAAAGUUAACUACACAGAUCAAUUUAACAAUCUAGAAAUUUUUUUGUGAAUCCACCAUUUUUGUUAAAUCAGAAAAUUUAGAAUAAAUAGGACAUGUCAAUACAAGUGACAUGAAAGUUCCAACUCGUGUGAUUAGCAGCCCUUGGCAGCGCCUCAGGGCGUCGGCUUCACACUCGUGUCUAAACCGUCGAACUAGUUUAUUGACGAAUAGGCAAAUGCACCAAAUUUCUACUGGUUCAAUUCAAUUAAUCUCUGAAACUGAAAAUUAAACGGGAGAAAAUGAUAAAUAAAAUUAUAUACAUUAUAUAAAUAUAAACAGAGGUGGGGGACGAGAAUCUCCAGCGGCAAAGGGUGAAAGAGUUGGUUGUCCGAGUGAGAAAUUCAAUUUCUUAAAAUAUCUAGUAAUAUAAAAUCAAUUAUUCACUUUCACGUUAAUAUUGCACUAUACAAAUUGUUAUAAUCAGUAAAUCUCUCACAGUUCUUCAUCACUCGAAGAAAUAAUAAACAUAAAUCAUAAAUAAAAUCAUCAUUCCUGAGGAACAAUUCAGAUAUAAAAAAUGAAUAUCAUGUUAAAAUUGAAAUGUUCAAAAUUUCAUCUCUUAUUUGUGAAUUCAAAAAAUAUAUUUAACUGUACGUUAAUGUUUACGAACUGAUUUUCAAAAAAUCUGUAAUUCUGUCUGAUACAUUAAUGCAGUAAUCUAUAAAAUAUAAGCAUGUUGAUGUAAAUUUGUAUGUAUCAAUGACUCGAAGAAAUAUCUCUUGCUGUAAUUAUAAUUGUUUCACGGUGACAGCAUCAAUUAUGCAGUAUAAACUAAUAAAUUUCAUCGAUAAGUGAGUGAAUGGAAUAUCAUUCGAGUGUUUGACGAUUGAAUGAGGAAUGACAGACUACGAAAAUAAAUAAAAAAGAAAUGCGAAUGAUUGAAUUGUAAAGAUUAAUCGAAUGAACGGAUUAUGUUAGUAAUUAUUGUCCCCAUCCAAUAGUUUCCAAGAUACACAUAAUGAAGAAAUUAAUUAAACUCAGACUGCCAUAAAGAAACUGCUGACAUUGAAAUACCAUAAAUGAACUUUAGAGUUAAUGAAAUUUGUAUUCCAAGUGUAAAUUUAUAUCAUGAGUAUUGAAAGUGGAUGAUUGAGUGGAUCAUGAAUGUAUUAUUAACAUAUUUAUUUUUUAUAAAUUUUUUAUAUAAAAAGAAUAAAGUAUAAAAAAAUGUACAAAGUUAA